AUGUUCGCCUCGGUGGGCCCUCGGGGCGGCCCGCGCCCACCGGUCGCCCCGGCCAUCCCGGAGCCGGACCUGAGCCAUCUGACGGAGGAUGAGAGGAAGAUCAUCAUGGCUGUGCUGGCUCGGCAACGGGAGGAGGAGGCGAAGGAGGAGGCCAUGAUAAAAGAAGAGAAGCCCAUCCAAGCAAGAACGGUGAACCUGGUUGGGCAGAAGAAACCUCCACAGCAAAAUGACGUCCGAGGUAUCCAGCAGCAGUUGUCCAGCUACAGGGAGACGGUGAUCCGGCAGGCCACGGUGGCAGCAGGCUCGACCAUCCACCGGGACGACGCGCCGACCUGCGGCGUCUGCCACAAGACCAAGUUUGCGGAUGGAUGCGGGAACCUGUGCUCGUACUGCCAGACCAAGUUCUGUGCCCGCUGUGGGGGGCGAGUGUCGCUGCGAUCCAACACGGAGGACAAAGUGGUGAUCUGGGUGUGUAAUAACUGCCGGAAGCAGCAGGAGCUCCUGACAAAGCCGGGCGAGUGGUUCACCGGUCCGGCAGGGAAUCCUGCAGGCCUGGGUUCGGCCGUAAGCGAGCCGUCCAUGUGCCAGACGCUCGGCGACAAGAAGCUCCGGUCCCGCUCCCAAGCUCCCCCUGGCUCCAACGCAGUGAUCCAAGACCCAAGCCGACCCGGUGCCCCUGGUACCGUGCCCGGUGUAGACUCCCGGUCCCGCAGCGAACCACCGCGAGACACGAGAAAUGGAAGGGGAAGCGGAGGAGCUGGUCGGGGAGAUCGCCGGACUGGUCAGGCCAGACUGCAGACCCAGGUCUCCAUGGACCGGGACCUCCGGGGGGAGUCCAGGGAGCGCAGGGAGAGUCGGCGGCUGUCGAAGGGACGCUCUCUGGAGCAUGAUCCUGUGGGAGGAGUCGGUGGGAACAGGCGGACAGAAGAGGGGGGCUACCACCACAUGGACCACAGCGGUGUCCCCCCUCGUCAAGCAGGGCCGGUCCCACCUGGAGGCCGGGGCCACCCUGUGGCCGCGCAGGGUCGCGGUGGGGGCGUGGGAGGGGAGGUUGGGGACAGCAUGCGGCCUGGACAGAGGACGGUGGGUGGGGUUGAACACACCCUUGCUCAGCAGCCCCUUCCCCCUGAACUCAGAGAGCCUCCCGGCUUGGUCCCCGGCCAGGGGCCCGUGGUGAGACGGACCAAACGGGAGAAGGCUGAGAGCAUGCUGCGCAACGACUCGCUGAGCUCUGACCAAUCGGAAUCCCUGCGCCCGCCGCCGCCGAGGCCCUACAAGUCGAAGCGCGGGCUGGGGGUUGGAGGGAAGAGGCAGACCAGUGUAAGCAGUUCGGAGGAGGAGGGAGGGACCACGCCCGAGUACAGCAGCUGUGAGGACGCCGAGAUCGAAAGUGUCAGCGAGAGAGGCGACUGGGAGUGCUACCCACAUGACCCCAGCGUAUGGCAUCAUCCUGUAACCUGGCAGCCGUCCAAGGAGGGAGACCAUCUACUAGGACGAAUCACCCUCAGCAAGAGGAGCGCCACCAUGCCAAAAGAAGCCGGAGCUCUGCUGGGGUUAAAGGUGGUGGGAGGCAGAAUAACAGAGUCAGGGAGAUUAGGUGCCUUCAUCACUAAAGUCAAGAAGGGAAGCCUGGCUGACGUGGUGGGACAUCUCAGAGCAGGGGAUGAAGUUCUGCAGUGGAAUGGGAAGCUGUUGCCAGGGGCGACCAUGAAGGAAGUUUACAACAUCAUCCUGGAAUCUCAAGCCGAGCCUCAAGUGGAGCUGGUGGUAUCCAGGCCUAUUGGGGUGUAUAGAAAAUAUCAUGAUAUCCCAAGAAUCCCCGACACGUCCCACCCUCCAUUAGAAUCUACAGGUUCCAGUUCUUUUGAGUCCCAGAAGAUGGAGAGACCAUCCUUAAAUGUCCUGUCUCCCUCCAGUCCCGGGAUGCUCCAAGAUGCUCCGCAGUUAAUGCCAGGGCAACUCUCAGUGAAGCUGUGGUAUGACAAAGUGGGUCAUCAGCUAAUUGUCAACGUGUUGCAGGCCGCAGAGCUUCCUCUUCGUCCUGACGGUCGGCCCAGGAGCCCCUACGUCAAAAUGUACUUCCUCCCUGACCGCAGUGACAAGAGCAAACGGAGGACGAAAACAAUGAAGAGGACCUGUGAGCCCAAGUGGAACCAGACGUUCGUUUACCCUCACGUCCAUCGCAGGGAUUUCCGCAACCACAUGCUGGAGCUGACCAUAUGGGAUCAACCCAGGUCACCGGACGAGGACAGCACCUUUAUGGGAGAGAUCCUGAUAGAGCUUGAAACGGCCUUGCUGGACGACAAGCCCCACUGGUAUCCACUCCAAACCCACGACGUCUCAUCCAUACCGCUGCCCCGACCCUCCCCCUACCUGCCCCGACGACACACAGAACCCCCCGGCAAGAAGCUGCAGCGUUCUCAUCGUGUAACAGAGCCUGAAUUUGAUGAACGUACAGCAGUAGUGUCUAAAGCAGCGGAUGGGCGCGGCAGGGAGAGGCAGCGCGAGUCCACGUCCACCCUGGAGGUGCCGGACCAGCAGAGGACGCCCGCCCAUCACAUACGCUCCCGCUCGGUCUCGCCGCACCGCGAGGAGCAGGGGCGGACGCGGUCCCGGCCGCCCAACGUACCCGCCCAGAGGAGUCUGGAUGACGAGCUUCCUCACACGCGCCGCUCACGCUCUCCGACCCGCCACUACGACACCCCCAGGGGUCGCCAUCAGGAGGAGGAGUACCUGGACGACAGUGAGGUCAUCAUGAUCUCCUCGUCAAUGCGAGGCAAAAGUGCCGAGUGCCUCCACACAAGGAGAUCUACUAGGCACAAUAACACACUGCCACCUAAGAUGCCCCUUUUGUUCAACGGCACCAACAAACAUACAAACAGUGAUCUGCAGCCUUCUCUGGACAGGGUUAGGAGCGCUAGCGCCAACUGUCUGACUCCAGACAAUCACGCCCCCUCAGCAGAGACUGAAAGAAAAUCUUUGUCCCAUUCCCUGCCUCGGAGACGUGCGGCGAGUCCCAGGAUUCUUAUCCAACAUGCGUCCCCUGAAGAUGACAGAAUAUGGAUGCUACUUCCUUCUCAAGAGACUUUAAUUCACCUCAGUACAAAGAGGCAGCCUCGGACCCUGGAGACACCCGAGUGUCACACUCUUGGCAGGAAGCUCCCUGACAGCGGCAGGGGCCACCUCCAAGGUGGUGCGUCUCUUUCCUCCUCAGUGACGUCCUCCUCCGCCCGCAGAGUGAGGCAACUCCCACAGCUUCCCCAGAGCAGCACUGUAGAACAAGCCCUGGUAGCAGAGGAGUGUGUUCGUCAGCUCCACAUGAGGGUCCAUUCCAACAGGGCGUCCGCUGCCGCCACCUCCAGCCAACAGGACCUGGACCGAGCCCUCAAGAACAAACGCGAGCUUUACAAGGACCAGAGGCGGAGCAGCGAGAACGUCUCCCAUAAGUCCUCGGACAGCGAUGUCAGCGACGUGUCAGCCAUCUCUCGAACCAGCAGUGCCUCUCGCAUCAGUAGCACCAGCUACAUGUCCAUCCAGUCGGAGAGACCCCGGGGACGCUUCAGCAGGGCCAUGCGUGCGACCGGCCGCCACAUGAUGAAGAGCACCAGCGUGAGCGGUGAGAUCUACGGCAUGGAGCACGCCGACGGCAGCCAAUCAGACACGGCUCUGGGGAGCCUGGGGAGCGGCAUCAAGAAGCGGCGCUCGAGCCUCAGCCAGCGCGUCGUCGCCAUCCUGCCGUCCAGACGCAGCCGAAGCACCUCGCAACUCAGCCAGACGGAGGCGGCGGGUAAGGCGGCGGACAGACAGAAAGAAGCCCCCACUGGGAAGAAGGUGGGUAAGGGCGGUGGCAGCAGCAGCAUCCAGAGGAGCGUGGAGACGGGCAUGGCGGUGGAGUACCCGCGGGGAGGGUCGGUCAUGAACCGGCAGGCGAGCAGGGAAUCGACCGACGGCAGCAUGAACAGCUACAGCUCUGAGGGGAAUCUGAUCUUCUCAGGUAUGCGGUUGGGCGCCGACAGUCAAUUCAGUGACUUCCUGGAUGGUUUGGGCCCCGGUCAGCUGGUUGGCCGGCAAACACUGGCCACGCCUGCCAUGGGUGAUGUUCAGAUCGGUUUGAUGGAUAAGAAAGGUCAGCUGGAGGUGGAGGUGAUCAGGGCACGAGGCCUUACAUCCAAACCAGGCUCCAAAUCCCUCCCAGCUCCCUACGUCAAGGUGUACCUGCUGGAUAACGGAACUUGCAAAGCCAAAAAGAAAACCAAGAUUGCACGAAAGACCCUGGAGCCACUCUACCAGCAGCACCUGCUCUUUGAGGAGAGUCCCCAGGGCAAGGUGCUUCAGGUGAUCGUAUGGGGCGACUACGGACGAUUGGACCACAAAUGCUUCAUGGGUGUAGCACAGAUCUUAUUGGAGGAGCUGGACCUCUCAAGCACGGUGAUUGGCUGGUACAAACUGUUUCCGCCGUCCUCAUUGGUGGACCCUACGUUAGCUCCGCUCACGCGGCUGGCGUCUCAGACGUCACUGGACAGCUCAGGACCGCCACCAGGCGUUCGGUCCUAGUGACCGAGUGGCGACCGUAACCCCCCCACCCCUUCCCCUUUCAAUAUCCCUUAAAUGACAAAAUAAUGGACCACAGAUACUGGACCAGAACUGAGCAGAGGGCGGGAACGAUGGGGCCCUCGGUCAACCAAUGAAAAAGCCAGACGGAGCAACAGGGAAGGAGAGGGAGAGAGGGAGAGACAGAACUAGCCAAUCAAAGCCUAGCUGGAGUCCGACAAUCACGUCUCACACCUUCCCUCUUUCCUCGUCCGUAAGCCUCUUUGUUUUUCGAAGCUUCGCUUUCUUUGUUAUCUUGUCCGACAUUCUUCAACUCUCGCUACUGGUUUUCUUUCUUCUUUUUUUUUCUCCUUCCUUCCUGGUGCAGACCUGAUCAGAGCUAGGGUUGCACGGAU